ACAGAAACAAAAAGUCUCUCAGGAGUGGCGAGGCAGACAUCAGCGACGGGGAUUUUCUGCCGCUUUACAGCGUGAGAGCACAAACCCGGCCUGUACGAGCAUAUGUAGUCUGAAGAGACGUAUGACUGCAGUCAGGAGAAGUUGUUUACAUUUCUGAUCAUGGAUUGGAGCACACAGCAGUUGUUUUACACUAUAAUAUUUCUACUUUCGGGAGAAAGCGCAGUUCAUUUAGGAAGUUGCGUAUCAGCUGUAAUCAACGGAGAGGACACGUUUACUAUCCAGCACAAUAGCAGUGGGAAGUGCCUCCUGGUCCAGGAUGGAGCCUUGAAGUUGGGAGACUGCUCGUCGGUGCCGGCCGUGUCGUGGAAGUGGGGUUCGGCCCACAGACUGUUCCACAUGGAGUCGUCAAUGUGUCUGGGUCUGGAGGUGCGCUCCAAAAUAGUGACCCUGUUCAGCUGCGACUCCACAGAGAUUCUGCGGUGGAAGUGCCACGAGGACAUCAUCUACACGGAAUACCAAAUGAAACUCAGCGUCGGGACCAACGACUCUGUAACCGCCAAGAGGGACAGACAGGACACUUGGAAAAGAGGAGGGAGCCCGGAAAACAUCUGUCAGCAGCCGUAUCAAAGGAUGCACACAAGCGGGGGGAAUUCUAACGGGGCACCCUGUGAGUUCCCCUUUCUCUACAAUGGGACCUGGCACCACAGCUGUCUGCCUGGCACCGGAGACAAUACGCUGGACUGGUGUUCCACCACUGCAAACUAUGAUCAACAAGAGAAGUGGGGGAACUGCCUGAAGUAUGUGGAAGGAUGCAUUAAUUUAUGGGAGAAAGCCCCAGUGAAAGGACGCUGCUAUCAGGUUGUCUCCACAGCGGUGGUGACCUGGCACGAGGCGCGGGAUGCCUGUCGUAGUCAAGGAGGAGAUCUGCUCAGCGUGUCUAACCCUCAAGAGCUUGAGUUCUUUAAAAAUCAGAAGGACUUACCAAGCAAGCUGUGGAUCGGCUUGAACCAUCUGGACUGGAUGCAGGGUUGGCAGUGGUCCGACGGAUCAGCUUUAUCUUUUGCCCCUUGGGACACAGGCAUCCCAAUCAGAUCCCUUGUGUCGGACGAGGACUGUGGAGUUCUGAAGGAGCCGCUGCGUUUCGGCGUAGAGACAUGUGAAAACCGGCUUCCCUUCAUCUGCAUGAAGAAUGACAAAGACAGUGAGAGUACAGCAGUCAGGGAGGUAUAUAAGCCCACGGUGUGUGAAGAUGGUUGGACUGGGUGGAAAGGAUUCUGUUAUAAACUCCAUGGUGGUUCAGAGUCAAAACUGUCCCAGCAUGAAGCUCUGAACACGUGUCAGAUGGAUAAGUCUGAUCUUGCCAGCAUGCACAGUUUGGAUGAAAUUGAAAUGCUACACACAAAUUUUCACAAAGAUCUGAAGACAGAGGUAUGGAUUGGUCUUUUGGGUAAUGGAAACACCUCAGUUUUUGAAUGGGUCGAUAAAGGACCAGUGUCUUUCACAUACUGGGCCAGAGCUCAACCUCCACCACUUCUACCAAAUACCAUCCACUGCGUGUACUAUUCAGGAGAGCAUCAUACAUGGUCUGUGUCUGAUUGUGAAAAGCCGAGGGCUUACAUGUGUAAGUCGAAAGGGAGUGUGAAUGAGAGCGCCCCAGAAGAAGGCUGCCCUUCAGAUGGGAAUUGGAAGAGACAUGGCAAUGCUUGCUAUAAAAUGGACACUGAGCUGGUGUUCUAUAAAAACAGCUGCCACAUCACCAUUAAUAACAGAUUUGAACAGGCCUUCAUUAACAGUCUUCUGAAAGAGCACAUCAGCACUGAGGUGUUGUAUUUCUGGACGGGGCUACAGGACACUAAAGGGUCCAGGGAGUACCAUUGGAUCGGUCAGGAUGGGAGAGCAGACCAGGUCACCUUCACCAACUGGAAAUGGCCAGAACCAGCUUUCGCCGGUGGCUGUGUGGUGAUGUCUACUGGGAAUCCUUUGGGCCAGUGGGCUGUUAAGAACUGCACUCUGUUCAAAGCUGGCAGAAUCUGUAAGAAACCCAUCAAAUCAAUGGUCCAACCCACCCCAGAUCCAGUUGAGCCCAAUGUCAAUGCUUCCUGUGCACCAGGAUGGAUCUCAAAGGAAGGCCUAAAGUACUGUUACAAGGUGUUUCACGAGGAGCGUUUGACCAGGAAGCGCUCGUGGGAAGAGGCGGAGCGUUUCUGUGAGGCACUAGGGGGGCAUUUGCCCAGCUUCACUGAGACUAAAGAUAUGCAAAUGUUACAUUACAUCCUGAGAGACUCAAUCAGUGAUAAUCGUUUUUUCUGGGUGGGACUAAAUCGCAGAAAUCCAAAUAACAACAACAACUGGGAGUGGAGUGAUGGGCGUCCGGUCUCCAUGAUGAUCUUUCCUGAGGAAUUCAACGAAGAUGAUGCCUAUAACAGGGAUUGCGUUGCCUUUAAGACUUUGAAAGGAACCUACAAGCCAUUUCACUUCUUCCUGUUUCAUAAUGUUCCUCAACGGUCUUUUUAUCCCAGUGUCUUUCACUGCAACGCCAAACUGGAAUGGGUGUGUCAGAUACCACGAGGUCAAUCACCAAAAACACCAGAGUGGUACAACCCAGAUGGGCACCAUAACACAUCGGUGUUUAUAGACGGCCAGGAGUUCUGGUUUGUAACGGAGCCAAAGUUGUCCUUCGAGGAGGCCGCCUUGUACUGCAGCAGCAACAACAGCAAACUCGCCACACCCGACACCCUUAAUGCCGCACGCCGCCUACAGGAACGUCUUUUUGAGCAUUCAGAACAGGUGAAUUUAAAGUGGUGGGCAGACCUUCAUUACCCUGGUCCUCAUGCUCCCUUUAUGCUCAACCCUAUGCACUACUAUUAUUCAGCGUUUCUGGGCAGGUGCCCCUCUAUGACUCCCGUGUCAUUUGAACCUGGUUUCGGUGGCAGAUGUAAUGAAAAACAGCCGUUUGUGUGUGAGACCCUGAACGUCACUUCUGCGGAGAAAGGAAGCCCAGAACCGCCCCCUGCCAACACCUCAUGUGAGGGCACUGCCAAGCACUUCAGAAAGAAGUGCUAUCAAGUUUUAGACGAGUCUCAUUUCCAAACCUUCAAAGAUGCCAAUGAGUUCUGCAAUUCACUGACUGGCACGAUGCUCACCAUAUCUGACCAAGUUGAACAGGAUUUCAUCACUACAAUGUUACCGGAGUUACCCGGACAGCCUCAGAAGGUCUGGAUUGGCCUAAAGUUCAAGCUUCAUGAGACUCAGUGGGUGGACAACUCGCCAGUUGCAUAUCUGAACUUCAAUCCUCUCCUGCAUGGCCAGUUACGACCCAUAUUCAUCAAUACAUUUGAACAGGACUCCAUGGAGCUCUGUGCCUACAUGUAUAAUGAUGAUCAUUCUGACAUGAUAGGCACCUGGGACUACACCACCUGCUCCGACCGCCAGUAUCUCAGCAUCUGCCAGCAUCCUGCAAAUGAACAAGAGAAACCUGAGAAUAAGGAUGAUUUCACGGUUCAUAAUCAUACAUUUAAGGUGGUACAGCAGGGCAAUUUAACAUGGAUAGAGGCUCUUCAGUUGUGCCGGAGCUACAAUAUGGACUUGGCCAGCGUACCUGAUGCAUAUGUCCAAGCAAGGCUCACAGUUGAAGUCUCUCGAAGAAAUCAGUCCCUCUGGAUUGGACUCUUAAGUGAAGAUGAAGGGGAGCACUACCACUGGACAGACCACAGUCACACUGAGUUCAGCCGCUGGACCCCUGAAGCCACCGAAGGAGCCUGUGUGUAUCUGGACACUGACGGUUUCUGGAAGGCAACCGAGUGUGAGGAAGAGCUUUCAGGAGUGAUCUGCCACAUCCCACACAAUCACACCGUCACACCUGAAGUAGAUUCGGUCAAAUGUCCUCACAAAAGCAAUGGACAGAACUGGAUCCGCUUUAAGAAGAACUGCUACACGUUACUGCUGGGGGCCUCCAGAUGGAGCAACAAUGGCAUUGAUCAGCAGAUCUGCAAGUCUCUUGCCGGGGCCGGAGAAAUCCUGACAAUCCGUGAUGAGGCAGAGAAUGAUUUCAUCAGGCAGCAGUUGCAGCCAUUCAAAGAUUUAGUGAUGUUUGUGUGGCUGGGAAUGAGCAAAAACAAGGCAGAUGAGCAGCUGAAGUGGCUAGAUGGCAGCAAUGUGCAGUUCUCUAACUGGAAAUACGGUCUAAGACCAAACAUCACAGAGUCCUUCAUGGUUGGUCUCAACUUAAUCGGAGAGUGGGAUAUGAUAACAAAUCAACGUUUUUUCAAUACCUUCAAACAGAAGAGUAUUGUGGUGUGCAAGAUUGAAAAAGAUCCCAAAGAGGAGUUCAUGAAGGGUGUGGUUGACGUUAAUGCUCCAGAUGGCAUAAGUUACCGUCGGGUGGCCAAGAGAAUGGAUUGGUAUCAGGCACUGCAAGAGUGUGGACGCAACAAAGGCCAUCUUGCCAACAUCCCUGACAAAACCUCUAACGACAACAUGGCACUGAUCGCCAAACGGGACGGCUUUUCACUGUGGAUUGGCCUUUCCAAACAAGAUGUAAGUGGCUGGCCAUUUGAGUGGUCAGAUGGGAGUGCAGUAAAAUUCACGCCAGAUGGAUUUGUCAACGACGGCCUUGAUUCUGAGGAAAAGUGUGUGUUUGUGGACUCCAAAGGCACCUGGACGGCCGUCAACUGUCAUGUGGCCCAAGAAGGGGCCAUCUGUUACAACCACAUCAGUGAGAAACCUGCUGCACAUCUCUCUUCUGAUUCCAGCAGCAGUUGUCCCAAGAGUGAUGAUCACUUUUCAUGGGUCCUGUUCAAAGAUCACUGCUAUGCUUUCAACAUGUACAACUACUCUGUCUUUACCAUGGAAAGCGCCAAGAACGUGUGUCAGAAUCUGGAUUCUUCCUCCAAGCUGUUAACCAUCAAGAGUAAAGAGGAGAAUGAUUUUGUCUCUGACUACAUGAAUAAGAACCCUUCCAUCACAAGCCGAGUGUGGCUGGCGCUCAACAUCAACGACAGGGGUGAGCCCACAGGUUGGCAUGAUGGCAGUGAACUGGACUUUUCUAGCUGGGAUGCAAAAUCAGGCCCACGGUUAUCCCAGCAGAUGCCGCAGGUCUGCGCAGUCAUGGUGUCCAGCAACGGCUCCUGGACGCACACAAGCUGCUUGAACAGCCGCAGCCGAAUCGUCUGCAAAGCACCUGCCUAUCCAGGUAGCCCUGUGGCUUUGAUCUUCUUCAUCGUUGUACUCAUCUGCAUCUUCGCGACUGUCCCCUUCAUCUUAUACCAGAAAAACAAGCACCGCUUCCAUUCGACAGUACGUUACCAGCGCAACUUUGAUGACGCGGACAGCGCGAGUAUGAUCAAUAAUGCCGAGUAACGGCUCAACUGAAUGACGUCAAAUGAAACGGUAGCUAAAAUGUGCCUUUUACUAGAAACACUCCUCUAUGCCAUCAACAGAAACACCUGCUUCAGUGGUGCAAUCUAAGGUUAUUUAUUAUUCUUCACAUCUUGACCGUUUGUGUAAAAUAAAAUAGGAGUGAUAUUAUUCUAAGGGUUUUAUUGUUUAAAUUAAAAUGUCUAAAAUGCUUGUGUAUAUUUUAAUUGGAGGACUGCAGGUACUUACCAUACUAUACAAAUUUGACUGUGUUUCUUUGGCUUCUCGUGAUAUUACGUCAUUGGAUCAGGGUUUUUUACUCCUCUUGAGCAGCACUGAAUAUUAACUCAUGCAUGGAGCUGGGAGGUUUUGAAGAAUGUGUGUUUUUCCUCUUUUCUUUUCAAAGAUGUGAUUUUAAGAUGUGAUCCGAAACUGUAUUAUCUCAUUUAAAAUAAUUUAUUUUUGUGGGGGGUUUUUUUCUUUCUUAUUUGAUUUUUGAAUGCCACUUUUUGAAAUUGUCAUUGAUUUAUUAGUCAGUGGUCAAUAGAACAUUCCUAUCAAACUUGCCAGAAUGGUGAUUUUCCACAGUGUUGAUGUAUCAUGUACUUCUCCUGGCAUUGUGACAUUGUUUGCAUUCAUUACAGUAAUAUCCAAGUGCUGUAUAACAGCUUAUGGUAACACAGUAAAUGCAGUGCACUGACUGCUGUAUAAGAUGCUAAUGAUAAAAUGAUAGUUGGCGCAGUCGGAGAUGAUAUCUAUGCACUCUUACGCUUCAUUCGCUCAAACUACUGAGAUCUGAUGCACUUUAAUGAGCUGUUUGAAUCUAACUUCAAGCAAAAAUUACACAAUUUUAGUAAAGGAUUUAGUACAUGCUUGUAAAUAUUUUAUUAUAUAUUUUUUCUUGUUGCUGUUGAUUGUUUGUUUGGUUUUAUUUUAUUUUUUCAAACUACACCAAAGAUGUUUUGGGAAUUUAAGGUAAUAUAUUGCAAACCCAAAAAUGUUCACUAAAGAUAAUGCUGCUUUUGAAAAAAAAAAAAAAAUUAUUAUUAUUAUUUUUUUUUUCAGAAUCUUUUGUUAUCCUUGUCUUUGAUUUGAUUACAUAUCAGCUUUCCUCUGUUUUGACCACAGCAGAUGCUCAAUAAAACAAUGUUACUUCUUAUAAUA